ACUCAAUUUCCUGGGAAAAUAGAUAGAAAGGGGAAAAAAAACAGGGGAAACGCAUUGAAUUGAAUGAGCUCGGCCGUGGGAAUUUGAUAACUGGUCUCGCGUCGACUCUGUUAACCCUUUUUGUAUUUCAGUUUCAGUUUCAGUUUCAGUUUCAGUUGAUGGCAUUCUCUAUCUCCUUUAGCCGCCCUGUUUUCUCUCUCAACAACACAAUCUCUUUUCACCCAUCUUCUCCUCCUUCUCUGUGCAUCUUCAAAUUCCACCACCAGAAGAAUAAUAAUGUCUCCAAGACGACGACGGGUUACCAGGGCUUAUGUGGUGGGGUGGUGAUAAACUGUUCUUCUUCUGAGCUGGGUCCCACCUCCUCUGACCCCAUGAAUAGCAGCAGCAGCAGCAGGAAACCUCAAAUACCUUCUAUGGCCCCUUUUAAUGGCAGAAUGAAUGAAGUUGGCAUGUCGAAUUCGUCAUAUAAAUGGCGUAGGGUUUUGCUUAAAGUAAGCGGAGAAGCACUUGCAGGAGAUCAAACACAAAACAUUGACCCAAAGGUUACAAUGUCCAUUGCAAGAGAGGUUGCAGCUGUAACUCGGCUUGGCAUUGAGGUCGCAAUUGUUGUUGGUGGGGGAAAUAUCUUCCGUGGGUCCUCUUGGGCAGGAAGUAGUGGCCUCGACCGCUCAUCUGCUGAUUACAUUGGGAUGUUGGCAACUGUUAUGAAUGCCAUGUUUUUGCAAUCAACAAUGGAGAGCAUUGGCAUCCCGACACGAGUCCAGACUGCAUUUCGAAUGUCUGAAGUUGCCGAACCAUACAUACGUAGAAGGGCUGUUAGGCAUUUAGAGAAAGGGAGAGUUGUGAUUUUUGCUGCAGGAACUGGAAACCCAUUCUUCACUACAGACACUGCUGCAGCCCUUCGUUGUGCAGAAAUUAAUGCGGAGGUGGUGCUGAAAGCUACGAAUGUUGAUGGGGUCUAUGACGAUAAUCCCAGGCAUAAUCCAAAUGCUUCUCUUCUGGAAACUCUAACUUAUCAAGAUGUGAUGUCAAGGGACCUUUCAGUGAUGGACAUGACUGCUAUUACGUUGUGCCAUGAGAACAACAUUCCUGUUGUCGUCUUCAAUCUUAACAAACCGGGUAACAUCUCAAAAGCCAUUAUGGGAGAAAGGGUUGGAACAUUGAUUGGAGGGACAAAGGAUUCAGCACCAGUAAGGCCAUAAGCAGGACGGUUUGUAAUCUCUACUGCUAUUGAAUUUGGGCCUUAACAUUUGAGGACAUUUCAGUUUUGUUACAACUAGUGUCUGAGUUUUGGCACAGAAAAGCAUUUAGCUCUUUACCUUUGGGGAUCGAAGAGAAUUUAUGAAUUUAGAAGUACCAAUCUUGAGCAUUCAUAUGCUCGCUCCAAUGAUUAUGUGUAUUGAUGCUGACACUGUAAAUAUUAUUGUGGAAUGUAGGACUUCAAUUAUGCAGAACUUUGGUUAA